CGAAAGUCAGUAGUUGUAGUCCACGAGCGCUGGAGAAAGUCAGUGGGGGUCCCACCUGCGUGCCUACCGUUCUCUAUCGCCUUGUGGACACCCCUAAAUGAAUAAUAAAAUGUCGCCUUCUGUGUCCCCUCGCUUUUUUUCCGAAAAGGAGGUAUCCAAACAUUGCACCAAGGAUUCGUGCUGGGUGUUGUUAGGGACGCGCGUCUACGAUGUGACGGGGUUCCUCCGGAUGCACCCGGGCGGAGAGGCGCUCAUUCUCCGCCGCUCUGGCAAGGACGUCAGCCGGGAGAUCGAAGGACCCCCACACCGGCACUCGGAGAACGCCCGGAGGUGGAUGGAGCAGUACUACAUUGGUGAACUCGACAGAGACAGCAUAGAUGAAGAUACGGAGACUCUGAGACAGAGGAAGAAGAUCCCAGAAAGCACCACAGAAGAAGAAGAAGAAACUUCGGCCAUCAAUAAGUGCAGCAAAGUCAACGAAGAAACGGAUCUGGUAGACUGGCGGAAGCCUCUGGCCUGGCAGGUCGGAUAUCUCAGAGAGAAAUAUGACACGUGGGUCCAUCAGCCUGUGGACAGACCGAUCAGGCUGUUUGAGAAUGACUUUUUCGAAGCCAACACAAAGACUUCUUGGUACAUGGUGCCAAUUGUAUGGAUGCCUUUGGUGAUCUAUCUGAGCUGGUACUGCUAUGCGUUACUGGCACAAGAGAGGACAAGACUGUUCAUUACAUCAGACUACUCCAUUCUGGUCCACAAGUACAGCUUUCCGUUCAUCUUCAUGCUUGGCGUGUUCCUGUGGUCGUUCAUCGAGUACUGCAUCCAUCGCUUCGUCUUCCACAUGCGCCCGCCCGCUCACAAUUAUUACCUUAUCACACUGCACUUCCUGUUGCACGGUCAGCACCACAAGUCACCGUUUGACGGCUCUCGUCUGGUGUUUCCUCCGAGUCUGGCCGCCAUCGCCAUUGGCGCUUUUUACCUCAUACUCAGGCAGCUGUUGUCUGAGGGUCUGGGAACCUCCCUGUUCGUCGGGGGUCUGUGUGGAUACGUGGUCUACGACAUGAUCCACUACUACCUGCACUACGGCUCGCCACGGAGAGGCUCCUACUUGUACGGGCUGAAAGCGUACCACGUCAAACACCACUUUGAACACCAAAGGGCAGGUUUUGGGAUCACCACCACAUUCUGGGACUACCCCUUCAACACAACCAUGCCUGAGCAGACGUUUUAGAAGACCCUUCUUUUGCCACAAUGAACAAAUCAAAAUCCCCCCAAACAAACUCCCAUAAGCCUCUCUCUUCUGCAUUCUCCCUUUAUCACUGGGUUAGGUACAGCGUCUUACCCUGCUGCUGCUACCAGCUUUUAUAACCUUAGGUUCACCAUCAUCAUCAUCAUCAUCAUCAUCAUCGUCGCCAUCAAUUAUUUAGAGAAGGGCGGGGGGGUCCUGAAACAAACAGAAUCACAGAAUGUCAAGCUAUAUAAAUAUUUAUAUACUAUGUAUGAAUGUACUGACGAAUCAAACGUUGGAUGAAAUCUGUAAAUGUCUUUUAUUAGAGGCACAGGAAUAUCAAACUCACAGUUU